CCCCCUCUCCCAGCAUGCACUGCUGUUUUUUGUGAGUCAGCAGGGGAUGUUUUUGUGCUUUAAAUACAAGCUUCUUCCUGCUUUUAUCACGAGUUUCUCUCCUCUUUCACAAUGAACAGACUGGGACUCAUCCUGCUAGCUGCCCUCACUUCAUGGGCUGAGGGGGGCUUUUAUUUUAAACCAGGGCAGCACUGCUAUAAGCCAGCAGCCAGGAGACUCCAGGGGGUUCAGUAAGUACCACAUACUUAGAGUGCAAGCUUUGCAGACCAGGUCUCUGCUGGGCACAUUGUGAUCUUAUUACUAAAUACAUUGAUUGUUAAGAUUUAAAGUCAAUGCUUUAUUUGCUCUGUUUGUGGCUCAAUGUGUGUGGAUGUCAAUAAUCACCCUUUACUCACAUGUGUAUUUUUUUUUAAUGAAGAAUCAGAAUAUGGGGCUCUGUACAAUGUAUCUAAGACACCCCAACUUUGGGGCUCAGUUAUACAAUGUAUCUAAGUCACACUAAUAUUGGGGCUCAGUUAUACAAUGUGUCUGGGACACCCCAACUUUGGGGCUCAGUUAUACAAUGUAUCCAAGUCACACUAAUAUUGGGGCUCAGUUAUACAAUGUGUCUGGGACACCCCAACUUUGGGGCUCAGUUAUACAAUGUGUCAGGGACACCCCAACUUUGGGGCUCAGUUAUACAAUGUAUCUAAGUCACACUAAUAUUGGGGCUCAGUUAUACAAUGUGUCUGGGACACCCCAACUUUGGGGCUCAGUUAUACAAUGUAUCCAAGUCACACUAAUAUUGGGGCUCAGUUAUACAAUGUGUCUGGGACACCCCAACUUUGGGGCUCAGUUAUACAAUGUGUCAGGGACACCCCAACUUUGGGGCUCAGUUAUACAAUGUAUCUAAGUCACACUAAUAUUGGGGCUCAGUUAUACAAUGUGUCUGGGACACCCCAACUUUGGGGCUCAGUUAUAGAAUGUAUCUAAGACACCCCAACUUUGGGGCUCAGUUAUAGAAUGUAUCUAAGACUGGACUAGCCAUACUUUAUAAACAGAAUUAAGAAUGCAAAAUCGAAUUUGGAAGAAAUUAGAAAUCCCGUAUACAUUAACAUUUUAACUCGACCAAGAAUUUCUUAGAACUACUAAAAUCUAUUUCUGAGACAAAGUUUUACCAUAAAGAAACCGAGCACUUAAAGUGCCCCCGGAAUAAUAUCCAACGCCCUUUACUGAUACAGAAAGGUUACAGACAAUGUAUUACAUAUAGAUCUGCUAGAAAAGCCGUGUCUUAUUCCAUAUAUUACAGCUCAAGAAAUCUUCAAGUUUCUUGCAAUGUGUUACAGAAAGGUAAAUAGGCCCAUGCCAUCGUUUGCCCAGUUUACGUGUUAUUAUUAUUAUUUUUAAAGCGCCAAUAUAUUUUGCAGUACUGUACAAUGGGUGGACUAAGAGACAUGUCAUUGUAACCAGACAAGUUGCACACAGUAACAGAGGGAUUGAGGGACUGCUCAGUGAGUUUACAUGUUAGAGGGAGUGGGGUAUAGUGACACAGUAACAGAGGGAUUGAGGGCCUGCUCAGUGAGCUUACAUGUUAGAAGGAGUGGGGUAUAGGUGACACAGUAACAGAGGGGUUGAGGGCCUGCUCACUGAGUUUACAUGUUAGAGGGAGUGGGGUAUAGUGACACAGUAACAGAGGGAUUGAGGGCCUGCUCAGUGAGUUUACAUGCUAGAGGGAGUAGGGUAUAGUGACACAGUAACAGAGGGAUUGAGGACCCUGCUCAGUGAGUUUACAUGUUAGAGGGAGUGGGGUAUAGUGACACAGUAACAGAGGGAUUGAGGGCCCUCCUCAAUGAGCUUACAUGCUAGAGGGAGUGAGGUAUAGUGACACAGUAACAGAGGGAUUGAGGGCCCUGCUCAGUGAGUUUACAUGUUAGAGGGAGUGGGGUAUAGUGACACAGUAACAGAGGGAUUGGGGGCCCUGCUCAGUGAGUUUACAUGUAGAGGGAGUGGGGUAUAGUGACACAGUAACAGAGGGAUUGAGGCCCUGCUGAGUUUACAUGUUAGAGGGAGGUAUAGUGACACAGUAACAGAGGAUUGAGGCCCUGCUCAGUGAGUUUACAUGUUAGAGGGAGUGGGGUAUAGUGACACAGUAACAGAGGGAUUGAGGGCCUGCUCAGUGAGUUUACAUGCUAGAGGGAGUGGGGUAUAGUGACACAGUAACAGAGGGAUUGAGGGCCUGCUCAGUGAGUUUACAUGUUAGAGGAGUGGGGUAUAGUGACACAGUAACAGAGGGAUUGAGGGCCCUGCUCAGUGAGUUUACAUGUUAGAGGGAGUGGGGUAUAGUGACACAGUAACAGAGGGAUUGAGGGCCCUGCUCAGUGAGUUUACAUGUUAGAGGGAGUGGGGUAUAGUGACACAGUAACAGAGGGAUUGAGGGCCUGCUCAGUGAGUUUACAUGUUAGAGGGAGGGUAUAGUGAGAGUAACAGAGGGAUUGAGGCCUGCUCAGUGAGUUUAUGUUAGAGGGAGUGGGGUAUAGUGACACAGUAACAGAGGGAUUGAGGGCCCUGCUCAGUGAGUUUACACGUUAGAGGGAGUGGGGUAUAGUGACACAGAGUUUACACACAAACAGAGGGAUUGAGGGCCUGCUCAGUGAGUUUACAUGUUAGAGGGAGUGGGGUAUAGUGACACAGUAACAGAGGGAUUGAGGGCCUGCUCAGUGAGUUUACAUGUUAGAGGGAGUGGGGUAUAGGGACACAGUAACAGAGGGAUUGAGGGCUCUGCUCAGUGAGUUUACAUGUUAGAGGGAGUGGGGUAUAGUGACACAGUAACCGAGGGAUUGAGCCCUGCUCAGUGAGUUUACAUGUUAGAGGGAGUGGGGUAUAGUGACACAGUAACAGAGGGAUUGAGGCCCUGCUCAGUGAGUUUACAUGUUAGAGGGAGUGGGGUAUAGUGACACAGUAACAGAGGGAUUGAGGGCCUGCUCAGUGAGUUUACAUGUUAGAGGGAGUGGGGUAUAGUGACACAGUAACAGAGGGAUUGAGGGCCUGCUCAGUGAGGUUACAUGUUAGAGGGAAUGGGGUAUAGUGACACAGUAACAGAGGGAUUGAGGGCCUGCUCAGUGAGUUUACAUGUUAGAGGGAGUGGGGCAUAGUGACACAGUAACAGAGGGCUUGAGGGCCUGCUCAGUGAGUUUACAUGUUAGAGGGAGUGGGGUAUAGUGACACAGUAACAGAGGGAUUGAGGGCCCUGCUCAAUGAGUUUACAUGUUAGAGGGAGGGGGGCAUAGUGACACAGUAACAGAGGGAUUGAGGGCCUGCUCAGUGAGGUUACAUGUUAGAGGGAGUGGGGUAUAGUGACACAGUAACAGAGGGAUUGAGGGCCUGCUCAGUGAGUUUACAUGUUAGAGGGGGUGGGGUAUAGUGACUCAGUAACAGAGGGAUUGAGGGCCCCGCUCAGUGAGUUUACAUGUUAGAGGGAGUGGGGUAUAGUGACACAGUAACAGAGGGAUUGAGGGUCUGCUCAGUGAGUUUACAUGUUAGAGGGAGUGGGGUAUAGUGACACAGUAACAGAGGGAUUGAGGGCCCUGCUCAGUGAGUUUACAUGUUAGAGGGGGUGGGGUAUAGUGACACAGUAACAGAGGGAUUAAGGGCCUGCUCAGUGAGUUUACAUGUUAGAGGGAGUGGGGUAUAGUGACACAGUAACAGAGGGAUUGAGGGCCCUGCUCAGUGAGUUUACAUGUUAGAGGGAGUGGGGUAUAGUGACACAGUAACAGAGGGAUUGAGGUCCUGCUCAGUGAGUUUACAUGUUAGAGGGAGUGGGGUAUAGUGACACAGUAACAGAGGGAUUGAGGCUCUGCUCAGUGAGGUUACAUGUUAGAGGGAGUGGGGUAUAGUGACACAGUAACAGAGGGAUUGAGGGCCCUGCUCAGUGAGUUUACAUGUUAGAGGGAGUGGGGUAUAGUGACAGUAACAGAGGUAUUGAGGGCCACGCAAAGUACGUCAGUGCCAGACAGUGUGCGUCCAAUGAUUCUCUAUGUGAAGUAUUGGAAUCAGUUAUUUUCAUAGAGAGCUCCUGGAUUGGCAGAUCACAGCAACUACCGUGCAUCUCUAUGCUUCUCUAUUAGAAUCUGACCAGAAUUAAUCUGGAAGAUAUAUAUAUAAAAAUUAGUGAGAGUGCUCCUUUAAACGUAUGAUAAUCUAAUCAUGUGAUGUAUUAUCUGUGAUGUAUUUCACAACAUGACGGGAAUCUCUUCCCAUCCUAGUUUAUAACAGCACCUAUUUCCUGUUAGUCCAAUUCUUUCACUGUAUUAGUCUCUACCGUCUGUGCUGGAAGGUCAUUCCAUGCAUCUACAACAUAUAUGUAAAAAUAUAUUUAAUUUUGUUAUUUCCUUUAGUCACCCUAACAGUCCCUCUCUCGAAGCUCAGGUGACAUUUAUAUUUCGCUUUCGCUCAUUAUAUGUGAAACGUGGUACCAGUGCAUCCAAUGAUGAGCCAGCACAGACGGUCUCUGUUACUAAGUGUUUAUCUGGAUAAGGAAGUAAUGGUUACGAAGUAUCUGAAAAGUAAUAUCCGCUGGAUGAGAUAUUAACCCUGAGCUGUUAUGAAAUACCGACAUUAUACAUGAAAAGUUGUUUUCUCAAAUCCCGCCUUUCAUACACCUCUAUAAAUGAUGAACCCUCUUCCUGUUUCUCAGGUUAAAAAUUUUUUUUGCUGUGUCAAAGAGUCCUUACCUGUAAGUAAAAAUUGUCCAGAAUUCAAAGUGAAUUUUACGUCUUAGACCAAAAUCAGAGCAAUUUGGCUAUUUUGACCUUAAAAUUGUAAUGGAUAUCCCUUUGUAUGUUACUGAGAGCAGCCAUUUUAAUCGUCGGUCACAUGAUUUCUGAUAACGCAACCCACACUAAAAUUUCUUCAUUCAUUCAUUGUCUCACAUUAACCAUUUCAUUGCCAGAGCGCUGACCAGGUUCUUCAUGUUGGGCAGACUAGAUGGGCCGAAUGUUUCUUAUCUGCUGUCACAUUCUUUGUUUCAAUGCUCGUAGUAAUAGGUUUUCAUCCUCCCUGCUCUAGGAAUUAUCCACGUCCCCAUGAAUACAUCCCAGUGGAAAGUCUACCAAAGGCUUGGGAUUGGCGCAACUUGAAUGGCGUCAAUUAUGUCAGCACAACGCGUAACCAGCACAUCCCCCAAUACUGCGGCUCAUGUUGGGCCCACGGGAGCACCAGCGCCAUGGCAGGUAAAUUCUGUCCCAAUAACAUCAUAUUCAAAACGGCACGUUUUAUUCACAAAAUUACCAUUUUCCUACAUUCGCUUUGUAUGAUUGCAUCCCGAACCCUGAAACCCAGUAAUUCCAGGGCGCUUAAAGGGGAACUUAUCCCUUUCCAGGAUAUUUCAUAUUAUGUAUACCAUUCAAUAUAUUUAAGAAAUAUGUGUUUGUUAAAAAUAUAAUUAAAUGUAGAAAUACACAAUGAUUUUUUUCGGCCACUGGGCGCCUCCAUCUUAACUCCCCGUUAGUCAUUGUUAUUAGCUCCGCCCUUUGCACCUGGUAGUCCGUAUCGAAAGAGCAUAGCGAGAGGAGGAGAAAUCAAACAAUGGUUUUAAACUGGCUCACUUUGGGGGGCUUAAUGUUUAAAUAGAGCCGUCUACAAUUACAAUUAUUUGUAAUAUGUAGUGCCAACAUAUUCUGCGGCGCUGUACAAUAGAUAAAUCAAGACAAACAAUUCAUUUUAACAAAACAAGUUUGACAUAUGGGGAUAGUAGCUGUAGAAUGCCGUGCCAAAAUUAAUUUAUAAAUUAAAAAUACAAAAAUAUUUACACACUUGUACAGUACUAAAUAAAAUAUUUGCACACUUGUACAGUAUUAAAUAAAAUAUUUGCACACUUGGCAUCUCAGGAAAUAUUUAAACAUGACAUACACUAGGCAAGUUCAUUCUAGGUUCUGGAGACAAACAUUCUGGUAAAUCUAGUGUUUAAGCACAGACAUGUCACUGUCCCAGUGUUUGCCACCACACAGGAGGCCAGCUUGUGAUAGCCUCUUUAUAAAACAAGUGUACACACGCAUAUUGUUUCUCCUCACAGACCGUAUUAAUAUAAAGAGGAAGGGGAUAUGGCCAUCCGCCUACCUGUCUGUACAGAAUGUAAUUGACUGCGGGGAAGCGGGAUCCUGCGAGGGAGGCGACCAUCUUGGAGUCUGGGACUAUGCCCACCAACACGGAAUACCCGACGAAACCUGCAACAAUUAUCAGGCCAAGGAUCAGGGUAAGACAAGUGGGGAAAAGCCCACUGGAAACAUUAGGACCAAGCAGAAUGAGGACAUUUUAGAAAGAAAAAUCUAGCACGUUGAGAGUUCAAACCUUUUUAUAUUCAGAGGGCUUUACUGAAUAUAAAUAGACCUAUCAGCUCCUUAUCCACCACUAACACUCCAUGGAUUCUUUAUACAUAGCUCUCCCAACCAUAACCACUACCUGUCCCUCCAUGACACCUACCUAUCCACCCAUGACCACUGCAUGUCCCCCCCAUGACCCCUACUUGGGUUCUUUCUGCAUGUCCCUUGGCAUUGGUCCAGUUAUUUAUUCUGUUUUGUUGUAAACUUUAGAGUGUGACAAAUUCAAUCAGUGCGGGACCUGUCUCACCUUCGGGAAAUGCUUUUCUCUGACCAAUUACACCCUGUGGAAGGUCGGGGACUAUGGGUCGGUCAGUGGAAGAGAAAAAAUGAUGGCGGAAAUCUACAAAAACGGCCCAAUCAGGUUUGUAAUUUUAUUUAUUUAUAGUUUACCCCAAGGGCAGGACCAGAUUAAAAUAGGGGCUGAUGGAGCUGCAGCUCCAGACCCAGGCCCAUUUUUAAAAAAAAUAAAAAAAUUGUACCUUUUUUACUCUGCAAUACCAGCACCAGCCAGUAGGGGUCACUGUAUGUGGAGCGAGAGGCAGGGAUAGGAAGUUAAAGCAUAUACCUGCCUCUCUCUACUCACUGAUUCGCGGGGGAGCAGCUACACAGCACAGAGAGUUCAGACAGUAGCUCCCAGCCUGCAGAGACAGCCUACAACUCAGGGAAGUGAGGGAUGAGGGGGAAAGCAGCAGGGAGACCUGGGGACACUGAGACACUAGGGGACACAUGGGGUCAAGGAGACACAGGGACAUUGGGAGACACAUUGGGACAUGGAGACACUAAGGACACAGUGUCUCCAUGUCUCCCAGUGUUCCCAAGUGUCUGUGUCCCCAUUCCUCCCAGCCAGUGUCCCUAGUCUCCAAGUGUCUGUGGUCCCAUGUCUCUCAGUGUCCCUAGUGUCUUAGUGUCCCCAAAAGUCUCAGUGUCCCCAUGUCUCCCAGUGACAUGUCUACAUCCACAAGUGCCCCCAUGUCUCCCAGUGUCCCCAUGUCUCUCAGUGUCCCCUAGUAUCCUAGUGACACGGGACAGACUGAGACAUGGGGCACUGGGAGACAUGGGGACACUGACACUGUGAUACAUAGGGACACUGAUGCCAGGCUGACCUUCCAAUUCUUUGGACAGACAUGCCCACUUUUAUGGGCAUGUUCGCCCCUUUUCGCAGUUCUGGUCACGUAACUUGCGUCAGUGGCCCACCACCCCGCCCAUUGACUUCCUGUUUCACUGGAUACUGCUGUUAUGGGGUAUGGGAAGGAUGAAAGCAUAAAUUAGAGAUAGAUUAGCAUAGAGUAUGUUUUCUUAUAGCUGCAUCCUUUGAGUUUCCCUCAAACACCAACUCAAUCAGAUACAUGACGCUUGGGAGGUAUGACUGUUUUAGUGUUUUUGGUCGAUAAGAUUCUGUAAUUAGGCCCAGUGGCAUACACACAACCCAUGGGGCCCCGGUGCGAAACUGAUCUAUGGGCACCCCUCCCUCUUCCCCCCUCUAAGUCCAUCCCCCCGACAGACACACACACACAGAUACAUACAGACACACACACACACACACACACGACACAUACAUAAAAAGACACAUGCAUACAAACACACACACACACGACACAUACAUACAAAAAAACAGAUACAUACAGACACACACACACAUAAAAAGACACAUACAUACAUACAGACAGGUAGACACACACACACAAGACAUACAAAGACACAUACAUACAAACACAUAAUAUUUAAGUCACCCUCCUGUUUCCUACCUUUUAGGUGCAGGAGGGUGACUUUUUAUACCCCUGCAUUGACACACACACAGUUACACUACACACAAAUACACCCUUGCAUUGACACACACAGUUACACUACACACAAAUACACCCCUGCAUUGACACACACACACAGUUACACUACACAUAAAUACACCCCUGCAUUGACACACACACAGUUACACUACACACAAAUAGACCCCUGCACUGACACACAAUUACACUACACACAAAUACACCCCUGCAUUGACACACACACGCAGUUACACUACACACAAAUACACCCCUGCAUUUACACACACAGUUACACUACACACAAAUAGACCCCUGCAUUGACACACACACACAGUUACACUACACAUAAAUAUACCCCUGCAUUGACACACACACACACAGUUACACUACACACAAAUACACCCCUGCACUGACACACAAUUACACUACACACAAAUACACCCCUGCAUUGACACACACACAGUUACACUACACACAAAUACACCCCUGCAUUGACACACACACACAGUUACACUACACACAAAUACACCCCUGCAUUGACACACACAGUUACACUACACACAAAUACACCCGUGCACUGACACACAAUUACACUACACACAAAUACACCCUUGCAUUGACACACACACAGACGCAGUUACACUACACACAAAUACACCCCUGCAUUAACAUACAGUUACACUACACACAAAUAUCACACACAAAAAUACACCCCUGCAUUUACACAAAAAAAAUACUAUCUGCAUUCACAAUGACACUACACACAUUUACACCCAUACAUUUAUAAACAGUUACACUACACACAGCCAAAAAUAAACGUUUGGAUUUGGUUUUAUUUAUUGUCCCUUUAGAAACACAACAAAAUAAACUCCUUAAAUCCCUUGCCAUAGUCACUACACGAGUCAUACAAUGUAUCAAACAUAUCUCGGAGUGCCCUGAUCAUGGGAACCCCAUUAUCUCUGCAACCAACCUGCACACAAUAUAUGGAUGACAUCCAAAAGGGGAGUCACAAUGACAUUGACUUGUAUUGGCGGUUCAAGCGCUAAGUAAUGACAGAUCUAAUCUGAGGUAAUGUUUUUUUGUUUUAUCCAUUUGGGGGGUUUAUCCAUUUGGGGUUUUUUGGGGGGGAGAUUUAGGGCAAAGCCAUUACCCAAGCGUUGCACUAACCUGUGUUCUCCACUUCCCAUUGCAGCUGUGGCAUAAUGGCCACGGAAAAACUGGAUGCUUAUACGGGAGGCUUGUAUGCAGAAUACCAACGCUCACCAAUGGUCAACCACAUUGUCUCGGUGGCUGGAUGGGGAGUAGAUGAGAAUAACGUGGAGUACUGGAUUGUUCGCAACUCUUGGGGAGAGCCCUGGGUAAGACUUUCUUGGGAGGCCACAGAUUAACAAAAUUAUCUAAACUCAAAGAGCAAAGCCUUCAAACCCACAAAACUACAAUAUCCAACAAUAAAUCGGCUGGUUAGAGCGGUGGUAAUGUCGAAGUCUUAGAAUAUAGAAAUCAGGUUUGACUUCCACCAAUAAUACACCUCAACUAUAUAUAUCCAUAAUGUAUAUUUUUAUAUUACACAAUUCUUUUUUCAGAAAAUGCAUUCUAACAGGAAUAUUUAAAGUGACACUCCAGACCCUUGGAGCACGUCAGCUUCCUGAAUCGCAGCUUUCAAUAGAAAUUGUCACUUGUAUAAAUGGACCUGGUUACACCCCCCUGGCUGUCAAUCAGACACCGGUCCUGUUACUUCCUGGUUUAGCUCAGUGAAGAUAAACUCAAGAGGAACAAUUGCUCAGAGCACCUGCCUUACAAAGAAUUCUCAUUGAGCUGCAUUGGGAAGUCUGUGAUUGGACAGUCACAGAAAGUGUGGGCGGAGUUAGAAAGGGAGGGCUUGCAACGGCUGCAGACAAGAGAACUGCAGUUUUCUUUUACAAUCUAUUUUUAGAUAUAACCCCAAUGACAAAAUGCAUCAUUAUGGCAUGCAUGUUAUCAUCAGGGUUAUAUCUACUAAACAGUGAUUUUAAUUUAUUUUUGUAUUUGUGUAGGGGCGUGUAUGCAUGUGAUGAGAGACUGGUGCCAUCUCGAAUCAUUUUAUAAAAUAUAACCCUUUGUGUUAACUAUAAACCCCACAGACCGGUUUAGAAGUCCAAGAUCUCCCUUGGCACAAACCCAGUGCCAUCUAACAGAUCAUUCGGCUAGAAUUGCUCAUUAUACGAUCCUUAUUGAUUUCUUCUCUCCGCAGGGCGAGGCUGGGUGGCUGCGUAUAGUGACCAGCACAUACAAAGGAGGACAAGGAGCCAACUACAACCUGGCUAUUGAGGACGACUGUGCAUAUGGAGAUCCCAUUCUUGUAUGACCAUUAAAAGUGAUGGAAACUCACUUAUAGGAUUCCCUUAAAGACUAAACAUGUUGCUGUGAAUUGAAAGCAUUGUGCCCAGAUCACACACUGCAGAAAUACAGUAUAGGCUUUUUGAAUUUUUUACAUUUUCUAUGCCAACCUUACCAAAACACAAAAUAAUAAAUCAGCUUUCAGUAAAUAGAACAAAGCGGCAGAAUCAGCUAGAUCAUCCAAUAGAGCUGUAAUGAACAUAACAGAGACUGAUACACAACUGGGGAAAUGUCUGCGCUACGGAAUCUGAUGGCGCUAUAUAAAUAAUAAACAAAUCUACAUAGAAAGAAUGGGCUAAGCUGGUAGGGUUCGUCUGCAAUGCUCUCUUCCAUCCAGAGGGGGCGCUAGGUAUGCUAUCACAGGGACAUGAGGUCACAUGUGUGACAAGGAAAAUGGCUGAGAAUGGUGGUUAUAAUGUCAGAUGGAAUUGGAAGGUGUCUCCCUUAGUGCAGAGCAUUAUGACACGUACGCCAGACGAAGGCUAUUCCUGGUUUAAACACCACAUCGAUGGUGGAAAUAUAGGGACGCUGUGCCAUUGCAGAGAGCGUGAUGACAGGUUACAAUAAAUUUUGAUAUACUGAUUCAACCAAAGAUUAUUCCUUUAUUUUAGAGCAUUAUUCCACAUAGCUGGGAUCAGCUUAUAUAGCAUUAUAUCACAUAGCUGGGAUCGGCUUAUACAGCAUUAUAUCACAUAGCUGGGAUCGGCUUAUACAGCAUUAUAUCACAUAGCUGGGAUUGGCUAAUACAGCAUUAUAUCACAGAGCUGGGAUCGGCUAAUACAGCAUUAUAUCACAGAGCUGGGAUCGGCUAAUACAGCAUUAUAUCACAUAGCUGGGAUCGGCUAAUACAGCAUUAUAUCACAUAGCUGGGAUCGGCUUAUACAGCAUUAUAUCACAUAGCUGGGAUCAGCUAAUACAGCAUUAUAUCACAUAGCUGGGAUCGGCUUAUACAGCAUUAUAUCACAUAGCUGGGAUCGCCUUAUACAGCAUUAUAUGACAUAGCUAGGAUCGGCCAAUACAGCAUUAUAUCACAUAGCUGGGAUCUGCCAAUACAGCAUUAUAUCACAUAGCUGGGAUCUGCCAAUACAGUAUUAUAUCACAUAGCUGGGAUCUGCCAAUACAGCAUUAUAUCACACAGCUGGGAUCGGCUUAUAGAGCAUUAUUUCACAUAGCUGGGAUCUGCCAAUACAGCAUUAUAUCACAUAGCUGGGAUCUGCCAAUACAGCAUUAUAUCACAUAGCUGGGAUCUGCCAAUACAGCAUUAUAUCACAUAGCUGGGAUCGCCUUAUACAGCAUUAUAUGACAUAGCUAGGAUUGGCCAGUACAGCAUUAAAUCACAUAGCUGGGAUCUGCCAAUACAGUAUCACAUAGCUGGGAUUGACUUUUUAGGGUAAAUAGUUACAUAAAAACACACACAGCUUGCACAAUACAUGACAUAUGCUCAUAAUUACAUGCACAAUCAAGAUGCACACUACAAAGCAUGCACGGGUUCACAGCUAAAUGACAGAUCAUAAAUACUAAGGGGACACAGAGCCUGCAGACAAAAACCAAGUUCUUAUAGCUCACAUACACACACUCAGCAAGAUGCACACAGCCUGUGCAGUACAAGAGAGACACACGCACAGGCAGUGCAAUACAAGAGAGACACACGCACAGGCUGUGCAAUACAAGAGACGCACACACGGACAGGCUGUGCAAUACAAGAGACACACACACACGGACAGGCUGUGCAAUACAAGAGACACACACAGGCUGUGCAAUACAAGAGACGCACACACACACACAGGCUGUGCAAUACAAGAGACGCACACACACACACAGGCUGUGCAAUACAAGAGACGCACACACACACAGGCUGUGCAAUACAAGAGACGCACACACACACAGGCUGUGCAAUACAAGAGACGCACACACACACAGGCUGUGCAAUACAAGAGACGCACACACACGCUGUGCAAUACAAGAGACACACACACACACAGGCUGUGCAAUACAAGAGACACACACACACACAGGCCGUGCAAUACAAGAGACACACACACACACACAGGCCGUGCAAUACAAGAGACACACACACACAGGCUGUGCAAUACAAGAGACACACACACACAGGCUGUGCAAUACAAGAGACACACACACAGGCUGUGCAAUACAAGAGACACACACACACACACACACACAGGCUUUGCAAUACAAGAGACACACACACAGCCUGUGCAAUACAAGAGAUAUACACACACACACAGCCUGUGCAAUACAAGAGAU